CGAAGCUGGUAAUUCCUUCUGUGGGCGCCACACACGGCUCUGCCAGCCCGAGCCGAGGACCUGCGAAUGAAUCCCGGAGACCAGAGGACCAUCGGCGGGGGCUCUUUCCAAUAACACUUUGCCUGAAGUGGCGGCGUGGCUGAGUUUCUCCUCCACCUCUCAAUGCAAACACUAUGCGGAGGGCGGUUGGCUUCCCUGCGCUGUGUCUGCUUCUUCACGCUGCAGGGUGCCUUUCAAGAAAUAAUGAUCACUUUUUGGCAAUUCAUCAGAAGAAGAGUGGGAAGCCAGCUUUUAUUUAUCACCAUUCACAAGACAUUGAGAAAAGCCUGGAUAUAGCUCCACAAAAGAUACAGAAACAUAGCUACCAUUCCUCUUCUAAAGCUCAAAUAAGCAAACGCCACCAAAUUGUUAAUUCAGCAUUUCCUAGACCUGCAUAUGACCCAUCUCUCAAUCUGCUGGCCAUGGCUGGUCAAGACCUUGAAGUGGAAAACCUUCCAAUCCCAGCAGCAAAUGUGAUUGUGGUGACACUGCAAAUGGAUGUAAAUAGGCUGAACAUAACCUUGCUUCGGAUAUUCCGCCAAGGAGUGGCCGCGGCUUUAGGACUCUUACCCCAGCAAGUACACAUCAAUCGCCUCAUUGGAAAGAAGAACAGUGUUGAACUAUUUGUGUCUCCCAUAAACCGAAAAGCAGGAAUUUCUGAGGCUCUGCCAUCUGAGGAAGUGCUGCGUUCACUUAAUAUCAAUGUUUUGCAUCAAAGUUUAUCCCAGUUUGGAAUUACAGAAGUCUCCCCUGAGAAAAACGUUUUACAAGGGCAGCAUGAAGCGGACAAAAUCUGGAGCAAAGAAGGAUUUUAUGCUGUUGUCAUUUUUCUCAGCAUAUUUGUUAUUAUAGUAACGUGUUUGAUGAUUCUUUACAGAUUAAAAGAAAAAUUUCAGCUUUCCCUGAGACAAGAUAAAGAGAAAAAUCAGGAGAUCCACCUAUCACCCAUUGCAUUACAGCCACCACAGUCUGAGGCCAAGACUGCCAACAGUAUGGUCCAGCCUGAGCAAGUUCCAAAGAUACUGAAUGUGGUCGUGGACCCUCAAGGCCAAUACACUCCUGAGAUCAAAGCCACCACCUCUGUCUGCCCUUCUCCUUUCAAAAUGAAGCCCAUAGGACUUCAGGAGAGACGAGGGUCCAACGUAUCUCUUACCCUGGACAUGAGUAGCUUGGGGAAUGUUGAACCCUUUGUGGCCACACCAACCCCACGGGAGAAGGUAGCAAUGGAGUAUCUGCAGUCAGCCAGCCGUAUUCUCACAAGGUCACAGCUCAGGGACGUCGUGGCAAGUUCACAUUUACUCCAAAGUGAAUUCAUGGAAAUACCAAUGAACUUUGUGGAUCCCAAAGAAAUUGACAUUCCAUGUCAUGGAACUAAAAAUCGCUAUAAGACCAUUUUGCCAAAUCCCCUCAGCAGAGUAUGUUUAAGACCAAAAAAUGUAACUAAUUCUUUGAGCACCUACAUUAAUGCUAAUUAUAUUAGGGGCUACAGUGGCAAAGAGAAAGCGUUCAUCGCCACGCAGGGCCCCAUGAUCAACACCGUGAAUGAUUUCUGGCAAAUGGUUUGGCAGGAAGACAGUCCCGUGAUAGUUAUGAUCACAAAACUCAAGGAAAAAAAUGAGAAAUGUGUGCUUUACUGGCCAGAAAAGAGAGGAAUAUAUGGGAAAGUCGAGGUUCUGGUUAUCAAUGUAAAUGAAUGUGAUAACUACACCGUUCGAAACCUUGUCUUAAAGCAAGGAAGUCACACGCAACAUGUGAAGCAUUACUGGUACACCUCAUGGCCCGAUCACAAGACUCCAGCCAGUGCCCAGCCCCUUCUACAGCUCAUGCUGGAUGUGGAAGAAGACAGACUUGCCUCUGUGGGCCGAGGGCCUGUGGUUGUCCACUGCAGUGCAGGGAUAGGCAGGACGGGGUGUUUUAUUGCUACAUCCAUUGGCUGUCGACAGUUGAGAGAAGAAGGAGUUGUGGACACACUGAGCAUCGUCUGCCAGCUGCGUGUGGACAGGGGUGGAAUGGUCCAAACCAGUGAGCAGUAUGAAUUUGUACAUCACGCUCUGUGCCUGUACGAGAGCAGACUUGCGGCAGAAACUGUCCAGUGAUUCUCUGAAGACUUACCAGACCAUUGCUCUCUAGGGGUGAUUAGUCAAUUACCCACUUGAGGCUUCUGGAAGGAGCUUCCUGCAGUGGAAGAAAAGAGAAGAUGUGAAGCCAAGCUGGGACAUGGAUUGUGGAAGAUGGCAACAUAUUCAAGAUUGCCAGCCUCUUGUGUAUAUGAAUGCAUUUGUAAGCAUCCCCUAAACUAUUUUGAAGGUCCUUUGCUGAUGGAGGUAUGAUUGAUUUCUCACACAGCUAAGGAGGAUUUUGUUUUGUCUGUAUUGACUA